CGAAUCAUUCCGUUUUAAGUUCACUUAUAGAUGGAGUAGUUCCCAUCACCUUGAAACGAACCCGAUCUAAAUGACGAUGGUCAACAAAGUAACUUUGCGUGCAUUGCAUUAUCCUCUAACGGAUAGCGAUAGGAGAUUAGGAGCUGUUGUAUCCAAGUUGAUCCUUGCCUACCUAAACAGCUGAAAUUCACACAGCACGGGUUGCCGACCCGCCCAUUGCUUUCAAAAAAUAGCAAAGGCGUGUCCGUGUACCAGACUGCCAGUGUGCCGCUCUACGAGGGAAUCCCCGAGCUGAGCAGGGAACGAAUCUGGCCCUCCAUUCUCCAGAUCCGACGGCUGACAACACCGCACGCGAACCGGACUAGUUGGGCUCGUCUUCCUCUUCCAUGGCGUGCUCGGUUGCUUGUUCCUCUCUCUGCAACUGCAAGCAAAGCCAUGGCCGCUGAUGGUGAUGGCGACGGUGAGCUAGUGCGGCGCGUUCGGUCGCCGUCUUCCCGUGGAAGAAUGGCGCCGACGCUGGCGUUCCUCCUCGUCCUCCUCCUGCUGCUCGCCGGCGGCGGCGGCGGCGGCGCGUUCUUGGCGGCGGCCGCGUCGACGGACACCGUUGUCCCGGGGAAGGGGAUGGCCGGGAACCAGACGCUCGUCUCCAAGAACGGGCGGUUCGAGCUCGGGUUCUUCACCCCGGGCUCCGGCAUCCACUACUUCCUCGGCGUCCGGCUGAGGAACAUGGCGGAGUACAGCCCCACGUUCUGGAUCGGGGACAGGGUCGGCGUCAUCGACCUCCCCGGCGUGUCGCUCGAGGUGUUCGGCGACAAGCUGUACAUCAAGGAGGACGGGGUCAGCCUCUGGUGGUCCAGCGUCGCUGGGAACGGCUCCUCCUCCUCCUCGGACGGCGGCGCCGUCGCCGUCCUCCUCGACACCGGCGACCUGGUGGUGAGGGACCAAGGGAACCCCUCCGGCGUCCUGUGGCGGAGCUUCGACUACCCCGGCGACUCGCUGCUCCCCGGCGGCAGGCUCGGGCUCGACGCGGCCACCGGGACGAACGUCUCCCUCACAUUCAAAGGCUUUUCCCACAAUGGCAGCCUCCAGGUCGACGCGAGCAGGAGGAACGGGUUCGUGCUCACCACCGAUGGCAUCGACAGCCGCGGCGCCUUCCCGGACUGGAUGGUGACCUCCCAAGACAACGGCAGCUCGCUGGUGCUCAACCACCCUGACGCCCCGAACUCCACCGAGUUCUUGCAGUUCAAUCUUGGGCUGAUCAGCCUGAUGCGGUGGUCGGAUUCCACCGCCGGCUGGGUGGCUCGCUGGACGUUCCCCUCCGACUGCAAGUCCGGCGCCUUCUUCUGCGGCGACUUCGGCGCCUGCACGGCCGGCGGCGGCGGCGGAUGCGAGUGCGUCGACGGGUUCACGCCGUCGUACCCGGACGAGUGGCGGCUCGGCUACUUCGUCACCGGCUGCUCGAGGUCUCUCCCGCUGAGCUGCGAGGCCAACGGUCAGACCGAGCACGACGACUCCUUCGCCAUUCUUGACAAUCUCCGAGGCCUCCCUUACAAUGCUCAGGAUGAACCAGUGACCACUGAUGAAGAUUGCAGAGCUGCUUGCCUGAACAAAUGCUACUGUGUUGCAUACUCGAAUGAAUCUGGAUGCAAGCUGUGGUACCACAACCUGUACAAUCUGAGCUCAGCUGAUAAACCUCCAUACAGCAAGAUCUAUGUCCGUUUGGGUUCCAAGCUCAAGAGCAACAGGGGGUUGGCCACAAGAUGGAUUGUGCUCUUGGUUGUUGGAUCAUUAGCUGUAACUUCGGUAAUGUUGGGACUGGUGCUUCUAUGCAGAUACAGGAGAGACUUGUUUGCAUCCAGUAAGUUUGAAGUAGAAGGCUCUCUUAUUGUCUACACUUAUGCACAGAUCAGGAAGGCUACGGGGAAUUUCUCUGAUAAACUUGGUGAGGGAGGUUUUGGAAGUGUUUUCAGGGGGACAUUGCCUGGAUCAACCACUGUUGUUGCUGUGAAGAAUCUGAAAGGUGUUGGGCAAGCAGAGAAGCAGUUCAGAACAGAAGUACAGACUGUUGGAAUGAUUCGACACACUAAUCUUGUCCGUCUCUUGGGAUUUUGCGUCAACGGGAAUAGAAGGUUGCUGGUUUAUGAGUAUAUGUCAAAUGGAUCCUUGGAUGCUCACAUCUUUUCAGAAAAAUCUAGUUUGCUGAGUUGGCAUGUCCGAUACCAAAUUGCACUUGGUAUUGCAAGGGGUCUAGCCUAUCUGCAUGAAGAAUGUGAGGACUGCAUCAUACAUUGUGAUAUUAAACCUGAAAACAUACUACUUGAUUAUGAAUUUUGCCCCAAAAUCUGUGAUUUUGGUAUGGCGAAGCUUCUUGGACGAGAAUUUAACUCUGCAUUGACCACCGUCCGAGGGACAAUGGGCUAUCUUGCACCAGAGUGGAUAUAUGGGCAACCUAUUACAAAAAAGGCAGAUGUUUAUAGCUUUGGCAUUGUGCUUUUUGAAAUAAUCUCAGGGAGAAGGUCUACGGAGACAGUGAAAUUUGGGAGCCAUCGCUAUUUUCCUACGUAUGCAGCGGUACAAAUGAAUGAAGGAGAUGUUUUGUGCUUACUAGAUAGCAGGCUGGAAGGAAAUGCUAACGUGAAGGAGCUUGACAUCACCUGUAGAGUGGCCUGUUGGUGCAUCCAGGAUGAAGAGAAUGACAGACCGUCGAUGGGGCAAGUCGUUCGCAUGUUGGAAGGCGUUGUCGAUAUGGAGAUGCCACCAAUUCCAGCUUCAUUUCAGAACCUCAUGGAGAGUGAAGACAGUGGUAUAUACUCUGAAGAAAGCUGGAAUUUCAGGACCCGAGAUCAGUUCUAGCUUCCCCUCCAGUUUCUCAGAAUGAUACUCUCGGUUUCUCCGUGGACCUGCUUGGUGUGAGCAGACUAAUCGGUUAGAAUUUAGGCAUGCACAAACUAGUUUUUCAGCAGUGAAUUUAGGCAGGUGUAAAGUAGUAUGUCAGUGGAAUGAUCAGUAGAGUCAGUGCAUUAAUCAGUAGAAACUAGACAUGCACAAACUGUAUGUUCUAGCUGUAAAUGCAAUAAAAAAGUUCAAAAUUUGCUGCCCUGCUAA